AUGGUGACAUGUCACAAUCUAGUUCUUGGGACUUUUAUUUUUGUGUUAAUCGGUUUCCUGUCUUUGUCUGAGGGUCGGAAAUCCAAAUGGUACAGUGGAAAGGCGCUCAGCAACCUGACAUCUCUUGGACUUUUUGAUGAGAUGUGGAAUCAAGACCUGAAACCAAUCCUUAUUCCUCGGAUCUCUGGAACUGAAAACAAUAUACUUGUGAGACAUCAUAUUAUCGAUCGGUUGAAAGCUCUUGGAAUCUGGCAUAUCGAAUUGGAUGAAUUUCAUGAAAAAACUCCUGAAAGAAAAGUGAAAUUUGUGAAUAUAAUUGCCACAUUGGAUCCCUCAGCACCAAAACGUGUUAUUCUUGCCUGCCAUUAUGAUUCCAAGAAGUUUCCAUUUGAAUUCAUUGGUGCUAUUGAUUCUGCAGUACCUUGUGCUCUGUUGCUUGCUCUGGCCAGAGAACUGAAAUGCCUUUUGCAACAUAGGAAACAGGAUCUUGAUACAACUUUGCAAUUGGUCUUUUUUGAUGGGGAAGAAUCAGUCCGAGAGUGGACAGAAACUGAUUCUUUGUAUGGUUCAAGACAUCUGGCUACAAAAUGGCAAAAUAGCAUUCAACCAAAUGGACGGAAUAACUUGUAUUCAAUUGCGGCCUUUGUCCUUCUGGAUUUGAUUGGUAAUCGACAAAUGAAAUUCCAUAAUUACUUCCCUCUUGAAACUUCACAACUCUUUGAAAUUCUGAUUAAAAUUGAGGACAGUCUGUUACGACGGAAUCUCCUCCACAGAGACUUCAAUGGUGCUUAUGAAUCCAUGUUCUCACAGACUUUAUUAAAUUUGCCUUUUGGCGGCAUUCAAGAUGAUCAUUUACCAUUCUUCAAAAAAGGUGUGAAUGUGUUGCAUCUCAUCUGCUAUCCAUUUCCCAGUGUCUGGCAUCAGCCGUCAGAUACAGAAAAUAACCUUGACAAAAGGUCGAUAGCAAAUUUCAAGCAGGUGUUCACAGUGUUUGUGGCUCAUUAUCUCAAACUCGAUUCUUGGCUGGAGGUGUGUCCCAUCAUUCAGUCCAAGUGA